UCAAUCGAGGCGCAAAUCGUGUUUUUUUUGUGCGAACGCAGAACAACAGUACACACAGUAACCUAAGAUGUUAUAAGCUCAGAUCAAUCUCGGGUUGUUUUGGCUUGGCCAAUGUUCAUUUACAAGUAUUUACGUGAUUAACGUCUUCUGAAGUGUUGUUCGUGAACUAAGAAAGGAACGAAGUUAGAAUGUACGGUGUUUUUCUAACCGUGCUGGUGUCGAUGCUGUGUUCGACAUACGCAGAAAAUACCUACUUGGCACUUAUUCCCGGCACGGUUCGGCCGGGCAACAUUCUGCGCAUACCAGUUCACUUCCUGUCUCCAGUGUCUGCCGAGACCGUCACAGCUGAGCUGCUCACGUAUGAAAACGAAUCGCUGUCCGUCGCUACUUUCCAGAUCUCAGCUGGGCCGAGAACAAAGCGUGGGGUGUCACCUGAUCCACUGGGUGCAGAAACGGUUAGUGGAAUGAUCCUUACGGUGCCAGGAGCGAAUGCAGUCCCAACUACAAGACAGGUCAUCCGGACAGCACAGUCAACCUCUACAGCUCCGACACGAAACAUAGUCCUGGAUCUUACAGCACCCAGUGGCAUCACAUGGGGCAGUUACAGAUUGAAAAUCAAAGGCGCAGGAACAAUCAAUUUCGAGAACCAGACGAUAAUUAACGGAGACCCAAGAUCCAUCGCAAUUUUUGUACAAACGGACAAGGCAGCUUAUAAGCCUGGGGAUACAGUCCAGUUCCGCGUGUUUGCAGUUGACAGUACACUUAAACCAGCGAAGAGUACUUUAAAUAUCGAGAUAUUUAAUCCUAAAGGAGAUAAAAUAUAUGAGCUGAUGGGAGAAGACAAUUUACAACCAAAUGGAAUACAAGGCAGUCUGCCUUUGUCAGAAAGGCCGGCUUUGGGCAACUAUAGGAUACAGGCGCAAGUUGUGGGAUUGGACAGUGCUUCCGAAAGUCAAAACUUCGAAGUUUUAGAAUAUGUGCUACCGAUGUUUGAAGUCAGUGUUACAAUUCCACCGUUUGGAAAGACAACUGACACGCACCUAAAGGGGAAGGUCCAAGCAAAGUAUACGUUUGGCAAACCGGUCAUUGGCAAUGUCCUUUUGCAAGUUAGAAGAAGGUACAGUUCAGGAUUUUAUGACCCCAUAGCUGUCCAGUCAGAGUUUAAGAUUGACGGUGAGGCCCAGUUCAGCGUUCCCAUGGCGGUAAUCGAGAGGGUUACACGCAAUCUAGAGUUUGAGACGCUGGUAGUGUUUGCGAACGUCACUGAGUCCGCUACGGGCCUUACGGAGAAGGGCGAAGCAGAUAUUCACUAUCGCAAGAAUCCUUAUGAGAUCGAGUUCUUUCCCAACAUGCCAGACAACUUUAAACCAGGUUUUGGUGCUUAUCCAGUGAAGAUACGAGUGAAAGAACGCGAUGAACGACCUCCCGUUGCGCCGACAGAGCAGGUCAAGGUCACAGCAACAUUCUUCACGGACAAGCCUAUCCAAGGACCGCUUCCUGAGAAUGCCGUAACAAUACCGGACUUUAGCUUGAUAUCGCCUUUCCUUCUGGGAAAUACCAUCAUGACAGCCUCUAAGACAUACCCACUGAACCCAGAUGGAACUGUGACUUUCGAUCUACCGUUCCCCAAUAACACUGCUACAUUUUCAAUCAAGGCGGAGUUUGGUAACGAAAACGUGUUCAAAGAGGUCAGCCGGUUCCGUUCUCCAAAUGAGGUGUUCCUGAAGAUAGGCAUGGGUGACACGUCCAAUCUGAAGAUUCGAGACACGGUGUCAGUUAACUUCACCAGUAACGCAUCACCAUCAGAACUCAACUACCUGGUUUUAUCUAGAGGGACAAUUUCGGCAUACGGAACGGUUCCUUUCUCGACUGGUUCUUUCCAAGUGGCAAUAAGCAAGGAGAUGGCACCAUCCUCAAGACUGGUGGUAUAUUUCGUCAACGCUGGCGGGGAAAUCGUAGCCGAUGGGCUGAACUUCAUCGUUGAUGACGCGUUUGAAAACAAGGUUACCGUCCAGUUCGAUCAGACGAACGUUCAGCCCAAGACGCCGGUUAAUCUAAAAGUUACCGCUGACGUAGGAUCCCUGGUCAACGUAUUGGCAGUCGACAAGAGCGUGUUGUUAUUUAGGCAAGGCAACGACAUCACGCCACAAAGUGUCAAGGAUAAACUGUCGAUGUUUGGAGAGACGCCAUUCCCAACACGAGGGUGGGGCAUAAUCAGACCGUGGCCAUUCGCUGCCGAUGACGCUUACGAUGUUUUUAGGACUGCUCGGCUGGAGGUUCUUACAGACGCAGACUUGCACCAAUUCAACUUGUGGGCAGUUCCACGCCCCGAAUUCAAACAAGCUGUAGGUUUCGGGGGAGGAAUGUCCCGAAUGGCAAUGUCGGCUGAUAUGGCAGGAGGAUCAGGCGGGGGCCAACAGGGCCCACAGGGCCAGGUGAGGACAGAGUUCCCUGAAACGUGGCUGUGGAAGUCUGGGAUAGUGACCAACGGUGAAGUAACUUUCCCGGCCAAUGCCCCUGACACGGUUACAGACUUUGUAGCGAACGCUUACGCCAUCCACCCUGUGUCAGGACUCGGUGUUGCCCCAGUUACAUCAAAUCUGACGGUGUUCUUGCCGUUCUUCGUGAAUCUUCAACUUCCAUAUUCAGUCAUCCGUGGAGAGUUGGCUGUGAUCCAAGCUAACGUGUUCAACUAUCGGAACACCGGCGCAAAGGAAUAUGCUUCCGUACGCCUAAAAUUCUCGCCUGAAUACGAUAUUGUCUCUGUCGACAGCGCUGGGGUUGAAACGAUCAUUACAGAUGAUUAUGUGAAAUGCAUCGAUGCGAAACAAGGUGGCGUCACUCCUGUGUUUUUCAACAUUCGACCAAAGGCCGUCGGAGUUUCAGAGAUAAGUGUUCGGGCUACAAUUCCUCCUCCCGUGAACAUCUUUGAUGAAGUGGUUCGGCAACUCACUGUCAAGGCUGAAGGCGAGGAGAAGCAAACGAACCAGGCCGUGUUGAUCAGCAUGCAGAGGCCCGGCUCACAGACCGAAUCUAGAACCAUAAAGUUCCCCACCGCUGGACUGGUCCCAGAUUCUCAGAAAAUAACCGUUUCUGUCGUCGGUGAUUUGUUUGGGCCCUCUCUUAAAAACAUCGACGACCUUAUCAAAAUCCCGGACGGAACAGGUGAACAGAAUGUGCUCAACUUCGCUCCGGCGGUGUUUGCGGCGCUUUACAUGCAGAGAACCGGUCGCUUUGCCAGUAACAUAGAUCUUCAAAACAACAUCCGCAUAGCGUUGCUGAAAGGGUAUCAGCGACAGCUUAUCUAUCAGCGAGGGGACGGUUCAUUUAGCAAUUUUGGAGACGCUGAUGACAGCGGAAGUCUGUGGCUCACGUCAUUCAUAGUGCGGGUCCUCUCCCAAGUAGAUCAGCUAAACAUCGUCAACAUCGAUCCCCAGGUGAUCGACCGAGCCAGUGCGCUACAUCCUUGACAACCAGAACCUCGACGGUGACUUCGCCAACACGGGCAAAGUCAUUC